CAAAAUAAUUUAGCGCAAAAAAAAAAAAAGAAAAAAACAAACGGCAAUUUGAAAUAACUUUUGGACAAGUGGAGAGUAAGCCAAGUGAAGGUCUCUGCUACCCGGACAACGUCUCACCGUCAACGGUUGGUGCUCUGGUGCUAAUGUGCAAAGUUUUAUGUUUUCAUCCACAACAACAACAACAACAACAACAACGAGGGGAAAAAUCACAGAAAAUUAUUUAAAAAGUGUGUGCAAAUAGACGACGAAAAGUGGGCGAAAACUGUGUGUCAGCAGCAACAUCCAAAGCAGCAACAACAACAACAAAAACUAUAACAACAACCCCUGGAGAAUUAACAGAACGGAAAACAGUUGACGUUAAGUUUGCGCAAAAUGCCCUUCGUGUCGCCCCGUAGCACAACAACAGGCACUGGCAGCGGCGCUGGCGCUGGCGCAGGCAGCAGCGGACGCACCACAUUUCGUCCGCCGUGGGUGAAGGAGGAUGCUGCCACAGCAUCCAGCAAUGUGGCUGCCACUAAGCCGUGGGCUAAAAAGGCAGCUGCAACCAAGGAGAAUGGGGAGAAGGCAGCAACAGCGCCGGCACCAGCACCAACAACAACAACCACAAAAACAGCCAACAGCAAAGGAAAGGCAGCGCCAGCGCCAGCAACAACAACAACAACUGCGUCUAAAAAGCCAGCUGAGCCGGCCAAAAAGACAGCUGUCGAGCCAGCGAAGAAGGCAUCAACAACAGCAGCAGCAGUGAAGAAAACCGCAGAGCCUGUGAAAAAAGCACUUCCAGAACCAGUGAAAAAAUCAGCACCAGAACCAGUGAAGAAAGUGGCAACCAGUUUGGCCACAAGGAAGCCAGCGGCUAAAAAGAAGGAGCCCACGCCGCCGCCUGAGUCAUCCUCCGAGGAAGAAGAAAGCGAAGAAGAGGAGGAGGAAGAAAGUGAAGAGGCAACUGAGUCUGAGGAAGAAAGUGAAGAAGAGGAAACCGAAGAAGAAGACGAUGACGACGAUGAUGACGAUGAUGAUGAUGAUGACACGACGCUGGAUGCCAAGUUGCCGGAACAUGUGAAGAAGGCGGCACAACUCCGUCCGACGCAGAUCAACAAGAAGCCGGAUCAGAAGGAAAGUGAGUUGACACAGCGUUUCACACUAGAGAAACCUAAAUUGCGCAGCGUUGUGGUCAAGCGGGACAAGUCGAUGAAAAAGAUUGCGCCCGAGGACGAUGAUGAGGCCGUCGACGGCGAAACGGAGGAGGAGCGCGAGCGUCGUUUGCGUUUCAAGCUCGAGAAACCAAAGCUGAGGCAUGUGAAGCGCGAGGAGAAACCGUUGCCCAGCAAGAGCUCCGAUAAUUUAGCCAAGAUUCGGCCAGUGCUGAAAAAGGUACCCAAAAUCGAUGAAAUACUCAAAGAACCCAAAGAAGAACCCAAGCCCGAAUUCAAGACCAAAACCCUGAGGAAAGCGCCCUCAAUUAAAAAUGUUCCAGCGCCGCCACCGCUGCCAUCGCUGGUGCCUAAGGCGCCCCCACCGCCACCACCACCAUUGGCGCCCGGCGAGAAACGCUCACUUACCGAUUCGCAAAAGCAAAGGAUCGAGAAGCUCAAAACGAGACCGCGCCGUCGUCCCGACUGGUCCGAGAUGAUGAAGGAGGUGGAGAGCGGCAAGAAGCUGCGUCAUGUGGCAUGCAACGAUAGAUCUCAGCCCAUAUUGACAUGCAAAUCGAUGACCAAAGUGGAUGACAAGUUCAUCUAUGAGACUGAGAAGGAUAACUCGCACAACAAGCUGCUUAAGCAGAUCCAGGGUGGUAUCCGUUUGAAACCCACAAGGACAAACGAUCGCAGUAAACCGAUAUUGGAGGGUCUGCGCAAGUUCCGUCGCCAGAUGACCAUCGAGGAGCAGCUGCAUAAGUCGCAGUCAAAGAUCAAUAUGCUAAGCGAGGCGCCCAGCAGCCAUGCCCUGGGUCCAAACAGUGCCGCAGCAAUGGGCGCGGGCGGAUCGAGGCCCAGCAUCGCCUCGGCCAUGUCCAUCGAUGAGGAAAGUCCCGAUGAGCUGGAUGACAUUGAUAAGAUACGCGAUGAUCUGCAGAGCACCAAGCAAAUGUUGGCGCUCGAGCUACGCAACCGGGAGGCGCAGGAUCGGGAGAGCAAGAAGCUGAUGGCCAAAAUACGCACCCUCGAAACGGAACUGGAACGUGAGAAAUCACGUGAGAAGAAUCUGGAAUAUGGCUCGAAUGUGAUUGUGGCCACCAUGGAUCCAACGCCCACAACGGAACAGGCGUAUGUCAAUUCGCUGAAACGUGAAGUCGACGAUGCGCGCAAGGUGUCCAAGGAGGUGGAGAAGAACUACCACGACACCAGCGAACUCCUAGUCGAGGCCAAAACGGAAAUCGAGGAACAAAAGCGACAGAUACAAUUGCUCGAGCGCAAAUUGGCAGCUGCACUGCAGGGCAAUACGACUCCAAGCACUAACAGACCGCAUAUUAGUUUUCGCUUUGCUUACGACGAUGACGAUGACGAUGAUUACUACGACCAGAUGAACUGUAAUCAUCACGGUUAUCAUCAUGGCCUGCACAAGGGCGGCUCAUUUGAUGGCUCACGAAGAGCGAGCGAGGCGCAUUUCGGAAGCGACAGUUCGCCGGAACUGGAGCCGGAAAGCGAAAGCGAUCCCGAUGAGCCCGAAGAGAAGAAGACAGAGCGACGUGAGAAGCGAAUGGGCAAGGAUGUGAAAAUGCUGCGCAGCAAGCUGACCAAGAUCAAGGUCAAGGAGGAGGCAGCCAAGAAGGAGAAGGAUGUGCUCAAGCAGGCCAUGAAGAAGAAUCAUGUUCUACUCAAGGAGGAAAACAAAAAGUUCAAGAAAUUGGAGAAGGAGGUGCAAAAGAUGGCAGCAUCAAUGAAGCUGGACGAAGAUGAGCUUGAUGCCGAUGGCGAAGCCGAAGAAAAGGAUGACGAAGAGGAGCCCGAAGAGGAGCACGAAGAAGAGCAAGAGUCCGAGGAGGAAUCUGAGGAAUCAGAAUCCGAAGAAAGCGGAGAGGAGUCCGGCAGUGAAUCCGAAGCGGAAGAUGCUGCCAAUUCAGUGAAGAAGGGCAAUUUGGAGCCGCGCGUGAAGAAGCACGAGAGUCGCUUCGCCGCUAUGAAGAAAUGCAAUGUGCUGCUGCAGGCCAAUGUUGAUAAUUUGCAGGAUCAAAUUUCACAGGUGCGCUCCCGGGCCACCAAUCUGCAGGAUGAACUGGAUGCUGUUAUUGCUGAUUUGGGCUUCUAAAUAGGCAAUAACAACAACAACAAUUCUCCUUCGUUGAAGCACAAGGAAUCGAAUGUACAACGUGUUUGUUUUCUGUUUACGUAGUGUUCCUUUAUUUUCAAUGUAUUUAAAUAUAAUUAUAUAUAUCGAAAUAUGUAAGUCCAAGGCACACUAUGUACAUAUGUAUUCACGAUCA